UCAAUCCCUCAUCAUCAUCAUCUUCUUCAGCAGCAAAAACAACAAUCACCUCCUCUUAAGCCUUCCUAUCAAAAUGCGUUUCACUGCCAUCCUGUCCAGCCUCUUCCUCCUCGCCACCCUCGGCCUGGCUGCCCCCAUCGCGGAGCCUGAGGAUGUUGUCGCUCGGGGUGAGGGUAUCGAUGCUCGCGCGGAAGAGACAUACUGCUACAUCAAGCGUGGCAGUGAGAAGAGAGAGGCUGACUGUGCUGUCCCCUGAUAGGAGGAGCUGAGUAUUUGAUCG